AUGUCUGAAGCAUCUACCUACACUGAAGAAGAUCUACGAAAGAAAAUCGAAGCUGCCAUUCCUAAUAUAUAUAACAUCAUUGUAACUGAUUUGUCAUACGGAUGCGGUCAAUCCUUCGAUGUCGUUGUCGUGAGUGAUUCUUUUCAAGGUAAAAACAAGUUACAAAGAAGUAGGCUAGUCAAUGGUACUUUGAAGGCUGAACUAGCUAGCAUCCAUGCGUUCAGUUGCAAAUGCUACACGGAGGAAGAAUGGUCCAAGAUCGUGGUCUGA